CGAAUCUUGGUAUAUUCAAAUCGAAAAAUCGGAUCUAAAACUUUAACAAAAUAUAAAGAAAAAACAAGCAUAGUCGCAGUACAAAAUGCCACACUUAUACGUUCUGAUUUUUGCGUUAAUAUCAUCAUUAUGUUUUGUUAAAUGUGAUAUUUCCAAUGAAGAAGAACUGAAAAACUUCUUAGAUAAUUUUGAUAAUGAAUUAGCUACAAUUAAUGAUCAAAAAACUGAUAUUGCUUGGAAAAAGGAUGCAUAUUAUAAUGAAGAGGAAGCUGAAGAAGGUGAAACACCAGAAGAAAUAAAAUUAUCAAAAGAAUUAACUAAAUUAAAAAAAUUUAUAAAUGAAGAAAAAACUAAGAGUAAAUUUAAUUUAAAUGAUAUAAAAGAUAAUAAAUUAAAUGAUUUAUUUACGAAUCUACCAAAUCUUGGUUAUGAAGCAUUAAAUGAAGACGAUAUGGCAGAAUUAGAAGCUACACAAGCUAAUAUGUCUUUAAUAUAUAGAAAAGUGUAUAUAUGUUCAUUUGAAGAUCGACAAUUGUGUAAUUUAACACUUAUACCACAUGUUCAAGAAAUCAUUCAUAAUUCUAAUAAUACUGAAGAAAUUGAAUAUUAUUGGAAUGAAUGGCAAACAAAAAGUGGUUUUCAAGCAAAAGAUGAUUUUACAAGAUUUAUUGAAUUUUAUAGAAAAACUGCUACUGCAAAUGGUUAUCAGAAACCAUCAGAUUAUUGGUUUAGAAAAUUUGGUAAAGGUGAUGAAAUCAUACGAAUUAUAGAUAAAUUAGUAGUACAAAUACAACCAUUAUUUGAACAAUUUCACGCACGUAUUCGUGGUUUAUUAAGACAAAAAUAUGGAUCUGAAACUAUACGUUAUAAUUGGCCAUUCCCACAACAAUUAUCAGAGAAAUAUAUUAGUGCUGCUUUUCGUAAUGAAGAUCAUGAUGGUAUUGAAUUACCAUAUCAUGAAGCUGGAUUACCGAAUGUUACGGAAGCGUUACAGAAAAAAGAACUUCUACCAAAAUCUUUCUUUGAAUUAGCUGAAAGCUUUUACCAAUCUAUUGGUCUUACUCCUCUCGAAAGUGAUUUCUGGGAUAAAAACGUUUUACCUAAAGGUGAUCCAAGCGAAACAUAUUUAUAUUGCACAAAUAAAGUAUACAAUUAUUAUGGUAAAAAUACAUCACCAAAAAUGACACAUUGUCCGAAUGUAGAUAAUCUACGUUUAAUGAAUAUGUUUGAGACUGUCUCUACUUUACAUUUUCAUAAAGAAUCUAAAAUUCAACCAACACUAUUUCAAAUGGAACCGUUUCAGGAUUUCUAUGAAUCAUUAGGAAAAGUUUUCUCAUUAUCAGCAACAACACCAAAAUAUUUAGAAAAAAUUGGAAUAUUACCAAGUGAUGCUUAUAAUGCAGAAAGACGAUUGAAUAGAUUAUACUUUUUGGGUUUCCAAGAAGUUUUCGUCCUUCCAGUUUUAUAUAUUCUUGAUAAAUAUCGUAUUGACGUUAUGAAUGAGAAAAUUAAAACAUGGGAUAAUUGUGCAUAUUGGGAUCUUACCGAAAAAUAUACUGGAGCUAUACCACCAUAUCAAAGAUCAAAUAAAGAUUUUGAUAUACCAUCGAAACUUUUAAUAGGUGUUGAUGAAAUUUAUUCAGGAACAAUCAUUGGUACAGCAAUUAAAUAUCAAGUUUAUAAACAUUUAUGUGAAAAAGCAGGACAAUAUGAAAAAGGAAAUCCAAAUUUACAAUUAAAUGAUUGUGAUUUAUCAGAUCAUCCUGAGAUUGGUGAAAAUGUUUCAAAAGCAAUGUCACUUGGAUCAUCAAAAUCAUGGAAAGAAAUCUUGUCUAUAUUAACUGAUGGUGAAACUGAACUUAGUUUUGAUGGUUUAAUUGAAUAUUUUGAACCAUUAAUAGAAUGGUUGAAAAAGGAUAAUGAACAAAAUAAUGCUGAAGUUGGAUGGCAAGAAACCAAUCAAUGCAAAGCAUAAAAGAAGUGUCUUAAUAAUUAUUGUGAUUACAUCAAUGUGCCAAUGCUUAAUUAAAAAAAAAACUUGCCAGUUUUCUAAUAAUAAUUGUUUUUUUUUCUACCAAAUUUUGUACCUGAAGGAUCAAUUGAAAAUAAAAAACAAA